UUCGUCACCGGCGCUCAGUGAUGGAUCAGAUCAGCGCAGCGGCCGUCGCUUAUAAUCAGGAUUUAACACACAAGACCAUCCUGGUGGGAGACAGCGGAGUGGGAAAGACGUCUCUACUGGUUCAGUUUGAUCAAGGGAAGUUUAUCCCUGGAUCGUUUUCUGCGACGGUGGGAAUCGGAUUUACGAAUAAAGUGCUCACUGUGGAUGAGCUGAAGGUGAGAUUACAGAUCUGGGAUACGGCGGGACAGGAGAGGUUUCGGAGCGUCACACAUGCGUAUUACAGAGACGCUCAGGCUCUUCUCCUGCUCUAUGACAUCACCAGCAAAUCCUCCUUCGACAACACAAGGGUACAAACUCUGAUUAUCAGUCAGGACACUUCAGUUCAAGCCAUUCGAUGCACAUGAACACAUGUAAAAUAAAUAAUAGAAUAAUAAUAUCUAGUUUGUCCUCCUGAGGUUGAUGGUCAG